AUGAACGCUAUCACGUAUCUAUACAAUAACUUGCUCUUGCCAUUGCAAAAUGCCCCUGCCCCUGCCCCCACGCCGGACACCCCAAUCCAAUCAAAACCGAGCAACACAUCUCAACAACCCCCCCCUCAGCCCCAGCCACAGCUACCCCUACUCUACAAACUCUUUGCCAUACUCAUAAAACCACUGAUCUUUCUCUGGUACAUCUUCACCUUCCCGCUGUUGCUCAUAGAACAACAUACCAAUAGAAAGUAUAAGGAUACUCCUCCCUUGAUCGAUCCGAAAAUUGCAUCCUCUUCCGCCACAGACCUCGAUGACCUCAAUUCCAAUGACGAAAUCAUCCUGCAGACAGACUCUAUAAAGGGGUCGCUCUUGGAGAAGAAAAACACUUCCGCGGCUGCCACUCCGUCUGCCACUCCGCCUGCCACUUCGCCCUCGCCGCUGGUGAUUAAACAAAAGAAAAUCCAAAACAAAUCUGUCUAUUCGUUAACCUCCAACUUCAUCGGCUCCAAAAACAUGGGCCGCUUUCUUUUCCCCAAGAAAUUGAUCCCAAACUCCAUUCUCAAAACUAACAAACGGAAGAAAUUGAUCCUGGACUUGGACGAAACUCUGAUCCAUUCAAUGUCAAGAAAUAUCUCUUCUUCAACAAUCUCCAAUUAUCAUCUUAUAGAAGUCAAGUUCCCUACCCCCACCUCUGCCCCCACCUCUGCCCCUGGCCCCUCACUCCCGCUUUCCUCCCUCUACUACGUCUACAAAAGACCCUAUUGUGAUCACUUCUUAAACCUAGUCUCCGAUUGGUACGAUUUGAUCAUCUUCACUGCAUCUAUGAAAGAAUACGCAGACCCUGUCAUCGAUUGGCUGGAAGAUUCCUUCAACGGCAAUUUCCAAAAAAGAUUAUAUAGAAACCAUUGUAUUCUAAGAGACGGUAUCGGUUACAUAAAAGAUCUCUCCGUCUUGAACACCGACAAUCAAUCCACAUUGAACGAACUCAUCUUGAUCGAUAAUUCUCCAAUCAGUUUUGCCAUGAAUGUAGAUAAUGCAAUCCAAGUACAAGGUUGGAUCUCCGACCCAACCGACACCGAAUUGCUCACUCUCCUCCCCUUCUUGGAAUCCCUAAGACAUACCACCGACGUCAGAAACAUUUUGGCUUUGAAAAAUGGUGAAAGAGCAUUCCAUUUUGCAUAA